GUUUGACAGAACAUAUAAUUAGAUAACACAAAAAGGGAAAACAAGAUGCCAUGGCCAUUAGUCAACAUUAGCUUACCAGAUCCUAUUGUCAUUCGUCCUCUUCCUCUCACUGGCCUUUAUGCCUGUAUGUUGGGCACAGACUACUUGUUACUAAAAUAUCAACACAAGGUACCGAUCUCAAAGAAGAAGCUACGUGCUAUCAUUUCCGCUGUUCAUGCUGCAGUGCCUCUCGCCGUCGUAUCCCCUUCCUCUCCUGCUAAUAUUGCAUUUGCUCUUUUACCCUGGUUCAUUGCUUCCUACAGUGCAUUCUUACCAAUGGAAAAGUUUACUGUUAAGGAAUGGUUAAGGUCAUUAUUUGAAACUAUCAUUGAUAGGUCUCCAUCGGAAGGAGAAGACGUCAGAAAGCUGGGGUUUGCCAAGAUUAUCAGAGGCACGAUCAAGUUGAUCACUCUCACAUCACUCGUUAUUCCUGCUAUUCCUUCUGACCCAGAGUAUAUGUUGAAACAUCCUUGGUUGAGCAAAGAGAGUAUAACGACUACAUUUUUGAUUGGUCUUGAUGCUUAUCUCAUAUUUGGUGCAGCAGAUAUAAUAGCUGGAGCUAUUCAAACCGUGUCUGGUCAAAAGAUGGAGGAUAUGUUUGAUUCACCACUCAUUGCUACAAGUCCUAGAGAUUUUUGGAGUCGUCGAUGGAAUAGACACAUCCGAAACUUAUUACACAGACAAGUAUUUCGUCCUGAUACAAAGAAAGAAAAGGGAUUUCUCAAUUCACCUCAAGGACGUGGUCUCUUGGCAUUUGCAGUAAGUGCUGCAUUCCAUGAACUGAUCAUUUGGAGUGUAUGCCGCAAGAUAACCCUAGAAAAUUUUUGCUUCUUUUUGCUCCAUGGAUUGGCUUGUGCGGCCGAGGUCAAGUACUUUAAUAAACAGGUGCCUCAGACAAAACUGGGUAAAAUUGGCUGUAUGAUGGGUCAGAUGAGCUUUAUGCUCCUCACAGGUCGACUCUUUUUGGCGCCUUUUCUUAGACAUCGAUUUUUACAACCACUUCCAUUGACUGAAUUCACUGUUGCUUCAUAAAGUCACUGUUUUCUUUAAAAUAGCAUGUCAAAGAAAACAUCAAGAAAUGCGAAGCCUUGCCUAAACAGAUUAGAAAUUUUUACUUGAUAACAAUCAAUAAAAAAUUAGCUUAGACCCUACAUCCUUCUGUUUGAGGGAUAUUAUUAUUCGAUAAGACAUAUAUUGAUUUUUAUCUUGGAUCUAAUCCUUUG